GCUCGCAGCCGAGAUGUGCUCCACGCAGCAGCAGCAGCAGCAGCAACAGCAGGCGCCGUGACCCGCGAUGCUCCUCCUCGCACUCUAGACGGGGCUGUGGCCAUGGCGUGGCGUGACCGUGGGGUGCAGAUGCUCAUCACCACCGUGGGCGCCUUCACGGCGUUCAGCCUCAUGACCAUCGCCAUCGGCACGGACUACUGGCUCUACUCGCGCGCCUACAUCUGCAACGCCACCAACAUCUCGGCGGACGACAUCCAGACGCAGCCCAAGAAAGGCAAAGGCGACCUCACGCACUCGGGGCUCUGGAGGACCUGCUGCAUCGAAGGUAUCAAUAGGGGCAGCUGUUACAGGAUCAACCACUUUCCGGACGAUAACGACUACGACACGGACAGCUCCGAGUACCUGCUACGCAUCGUCCGCGCCUCCAGCGUGUUCCCCAUCCUCAGCACGGUCCUGCUGCUGCUCGGCGGCGUGUGCGUGGGAGUCGGCCGUAUCUACGGCAACAGGAACAGCAUCCUGCUCCUCGCCGGCAUCCUGUUCGUGGCAGCAGGUCUGAGCAACAUCAUCGGCAUCAUCGUCUACAUCUCCAGCAACACGGGCGACCCGAGCAUCAAGAGGGAGGGCGACAACCGGCACCAGUACAACUACGGCUGGUCCUUCUACUUCGGGGCGCUGGCCUUCAUCCUGUCCGAGACGGUGGCCGUGCUGGCCGUCCAUAUCUACAUCGACGGCAACAAGGAGCUGUACAUCCGCGCGCGCCGCCAUCUCCGCAAGUCGGCUUCCUCGUCCUCCUCCUCCCCGUACUCGCGCAUGCCCAGCUUCCGCUACCGCCGGCGCCGCUCGCGCUCCCGCUCCCGUUCCCGCUCUCGCUCCACCUCGCGCUCGCGGUCCCGCUCCACCGAGCCGUCCCGGGAGACGUCCCCCUUGGGCCUGAAGAUGCCGGGCCCUGUGCCCGGAGGCGAGCUGUCCAUGUACACCCUCACCCGAGACCCCCUGAAGGCGACGUCGGCCGGCCCCUACAGCCCCGAGCACGACCCCGACUUCCUGCACAUCCACAACUGCUUCCCGAAGGACGUCAACGACACCCUGAACAAGAGGACCACGCCCGUAUGAGAGCGAAAACCGUUCCCCCCUCGCAGAGUUCGGGCCGCUGGCACGAGAGCGCCGGACGUGGCAACAUCGGCCGACACGUCAGCUGGGAACCCCACACUGUUUCCGGAAAGAGGAGAUGGAAUCGCACGCGGGACGUUUCUCUUACUUGUGACAGAAGCACCGAGCCGUCGGGCUCAUAGAGUCGCUCCACCAUUUCUUAACGUAUUCGAAGGCUUCCUAUUGUUUCGGCUGAAAAAAACCCGGAGAGGUCUUUGUUCUGCUCCUUUUUAAUUUAUCGAUCGAUCAGUCAAUCGCUUAAUUUAAUGUGCUACGCUUUAAUGUGACGGUGUUCUAUUUACAUUUGACGGUAUGCCAGAACUUUGCAAAUUCCUUUCGACAUUUUAUUAUCGCUGUUUCAAUUUGCAGUAAACCCUGUGAUUUGCUCUGAGUACGAAACACUCACCUUUUUUUCACCCUGCUUUUGACUUUGGAAAGUAGGAUGCGCUGAAACGUAGUGAAGAUGUGUCCGCCCGUCGCUCAGCUCCGUGUUCGGCGUGUAUGUGACCAAGGCCCGCUAGCUUUUCGUCCUGAGUUUACAGCCGCUUUUGCUGCGCUUCCAGGCUCGGUGGCGUCCCUUCCGGUUCUUCCCUCCGGAGACUCGGAAGCCGAGCCGCAGCGCUCUCUCUCAGAGAGUCGCCUCCGUCUCCGUGGACCGCCGGGAGCAAAACUCGCAUCUCUUAUUGCCAUCCGCACCCUUCGGCUCAGGGAGGUAUCAGUUCGGACUUUGAGAAAACGAAUGAAUUUUUAGCGGGAAAGACGACAUUUUUAAAAGAAAAAAGUCACCCGGAGACCUUUUUCCUUUAAAACAAACAGACAGACAGGUGAUUUAGUGUCACGGCCCCCCACAGACCGCUUGGAUCACCUUCUUCCCAGGGACGUGAGCUACCAGGAUGUCUUUGCCUGGUGACAAAGGCGCAGGGUGUUGCACCACUGUAACGGGGGCACAAUCAAACUUUCACAUGAGACAGAAGUGGAGCGGGGACGCCGUGGGCUCGGAGCACCGUGGGGUCGUGUCAUCGGACGCAUGUAAAGCGUGAAUUACGGAAGCUCAUUUGCUCGACGCGAACGGGCGCCAGCUGUCACCUCUUCUCCGAGAAGUAACAGAGGCCCAAGGAAUCUCGGGAGCCGCGAGGUGAUUCGCUGGCGAUUUACGUCGACCAGCUCACUGGACACGGGGACCAUUUCAAAAACUCUGUCCUGUGGGGGGUGGGGGGCAGAGUCAGAGGGUGGGGGUCAGCCUGCCAGCAGCACUGUGCUCCGACGGCGAGCCGCCUCGUUACCGCCGUGCGCCCCCUGUGUCGCCGUCGCAGCGGGCGGCGGAACCACGAGGCUCGACCCGACGCGCUUGGCAACAGCAAAAGAAUAAUCCAGAAGCGAAAGGAUGGAGGGGUGAAGAGGCGGCGAUGGAAAGUCGGCGAAAUGUGAGCGAUCGUUCACUGGUUUCCUAGGAACGCUGAGCAGAGGUCAGUAAACAUGUACUGUUGAGCCCAAGGCUCUGUGUUUAUUGUUGGCGCUUUCCUUUGAUCCAGACGGAAAACCUUCUUCUCGCUGCAAGGCCGUGGGAGAGCUGUCGCUCUUCAGGGAGAGCGGGGGAGAUUUCGACGGUGUCUCUGCGCGCCGCUUGUCAACGCUGCGCGUCCCGCCCCACCUGAGGGGAUCCAACCCUCCCGACGCCUCCGUCCGCACAAUAUCCGCCCUCCGUGGAAAUAUAAACCGUAAGGUGUUCGGCUGCAAACGGAAUUUUGCCGAUCGCACCCGCAUCCGCUCGAAGAAACGUGGUACAGAGGCGAACCGCCCGCGGUUCAGCACUCGAACGGUUUCUUGGGACACCGUGCCGUAUGUUACGCUCAACGCUGCAGGGACUUCAGAGAACGAACGUGGUAGCUUUUAAAGUCGCGUUAUUAAACGUUCUGGGGCCGUAGUGGUGGGAAAAUUACAUGGAAAUCAGUGAAGCUGGAAUCCUGGGCAGUGAGAGCAACACCGACCCACAAUGGAUUCUUCUCUCACUGACGUCCCCUGAAAGUAAAUGUCAGAAAUCAAAAUAGGAGCUAAUGAUAUUUUGAAGUGGGGAUCUGUGUGUUUGUGUGUUUGUGCGUCCGUCAGAUUUUCAACGUGUGCUUUCUGCCAUCUGGGAUGUAGCCAAGGCCAAUUUUGGGUUCAGGCCCCACAGAAUUGAUGCACAGAACAACAUCCAAUUACCAGUCCCCCCAAAAAUGAUUUUCUGGCUACAUCACUUGUGUGUGUGUGUG